AUGGCAACCACACCAUAUAACCUUCGAAGGAGACUGAAUGGAAACACCCCUACUCUUCGCUCGACCCCAACGGCUUCACCAUCUAACCUGCGGUCCGGAACGCGCUCUCCUCGAAAGACUCAGCCACCGAUUUCAUUGCAACUGCAACAUGUGAUAGGAGCGACAACGACAAGCCCACCAGGGCUCGCUUCAUGCGCCCUGAACAAUACAUACGCAUAUUGCGCUGGCUCUGUAGCCGUGCUCGCCGAAAUCCAGGCGGAUGGUGAAACGACGAAAAGGUAUUACCGUGCGAGACCUACGACGACAUCCAUAAACCCUGGUGUAUCACACUACAACGGCCUGACAUCUACUUCUACGCGGCGACGGACUUCGUUGUACUCCUCGAACCAACCUAGAGAGGUAGACAAAAGCAUUGGUUCGAUUAGAGACCAGGGUGAUGGUAGCCUGCAGACCUGGACCGCAAGGGAGCGGAUCAAAACCAUAAGCUGCGUCGCGUUGAGCAAUGACGGUCGAUGGCUCGCUGUUGGUGAAUCUGGAUACUCGCCACGAGUGCUACUCUACUCGCGGGAAGUGGAUGCCUCUAGGGACAUACCCACUUCCAUUGUGUCUGACCACACAAUCGGCGUUAGGUGCAUUGCAUUCAGUCCAGAUGGCCGCUAUCUGGCAACUCUGGGCAAUUUGAAUGACGGCUUCUUGUUCAUUUGGACAAUCAACCAGCGGACGGGUCAAUUGAGUCUACAUGCCGCGAACAAAUGCACGACGAAUAUCUGCGAUAUGACCUGGUGCGGGCAAGCACUAAUCACUGCUGGGACGCGUCAUGUCAAAGCCUGGAAUGUCAGCGAAAGCUCGGUUUCCACGCCAACUAAGAGGCCUCAUCUUCGAGCAUCUAUUGGGAAGGAUGCUCUGCAGCCGGGUGUUCAGACUCUGAUUGGGCACAAUGCACUGUUGGUCUCACUUGUGGACUGCACUUUCACGGCGAUCGCCACAGUCGAUACCCGAACAGUACUACUGGCUACGGAUGCUGGCCAUCUCUGCUUGUUCGAACCGGACAGAUCAAGUGAUGUACAGGUCCUCAAGGUGUACGACUGUGGCAUCUCAACCAUUGCGUGGCAGCCGUCAACACAUAGGAUCGUUCUGGGAGGCAGGUAUGGUCUCAUGUAUGAAGAUAUCGAGCCCCUGCUGGCCGCCCUUCGCGCAAAUGACGGCACUAUAAUGAACACGCGAGCCACAAAAAAGAAAGUCCGAUCUUCAGCUGUCCGAAUGUCACUCAGCCUGCAUUAUGGAAACUCGAUAGGGAUAGCAGCUGUGACGUGCUUGCCCAAACACACAGUCUGUCUGGAUACCGACGGCAACCUGCAGACCGAAACUACUGAUGAAGAAUCCAGCCGCCCAACGGUCACCUUUGCUAGUCACAAUGACCUGAUUCUGGGAGUACGAAGACUGCCAGGUGGACACCGAUUGGGAUCAUUCUAUACAUGGUCAAGACGAGGCGAUAUUAAGUUCUGGAAUACUGGUGGCGAUAUGACUCACAGCAUACGUGCUGAUCCUGACCAAGUCGAUGAUGCUAUGGAACACGAUCUCAACGAGCUCCGAAUCGCCAGAUUAGUCCCCUCUAGCGAUCAGUUCAUUCUCGGAGACCGGAUAGGAGUGCUCCAGCUUUACGACUUCACUACGGGAAUGACCAGAUGGGUCGGUCGUGCACACAGUGCCGAGGUUAAUGAUCUCGACAUCCAUGAAGGCACAUCGCUCGUAGCAAGUUGCAGCCGCGACCGCACUGUCCAGCUGUUCUCUCUGACACCACAUGGCUUACAGUUGAUGCAAACUAUGGACGACCACAUUGGCGCCGUCAGCCGUGUGGCUUUUUCGAAAGACGGCGCAAGGCUACUGUCGUGUUCCGUUGAUCGCACGAUCAUUGUGAGGGAAUGCGCUAAGAAAUCUGCGCACGAUGGCGAAGCAUCGGCGUAUCUCUCGAUGCGUGUGGUGACGCUGAAGAGCGCGCCGCUAUCGAUGGCCUUCACAGGGCGAGACUCGUUGCUUAUCUCCACGAACGAUCGGCAUCUCGCGACCGUCGAUCUGGUCUCUGGAAUGAUCGUGGAGACCACGAAGCUUACAGACCCAGAAAAUGAUGAUACUGUCUCGCUCGGCACUAUACAUUUUAGUGCAAGAGGCGAGGCGGUGGAUGAAACCAUGGACAUCGUUCUAGCCUGCUCGCCAACCGACAAGUCCAUCAGGAUAUAUGACGGGAAGAGAUAUGAGUUGAUCACCAAGGAGUCUGGUCAUACCGAGGGCGUUAGUGACCUGUGUCUAAUUGAAGAUUCCGACCCAGACUCUGGUACGAUUACGAGAAGACUAGUAUCCACUGGACUUGACGGAACAAUCAUGAUCUGGAACGUUGCGAGAAACUCGUCAUUGUUGCCGAGUUCAGCGUCUGAUCGAAUGCAGACACAAAUUGUCGAACCAUGUGAUGGAGAUGGUACUCCGUCCAAAGCACGUCCGUCAAUGAUGGCACCCCUGAGGAAGAUACUGAGCAAGGUGGAAGUACUCGAGUUUGCGCAAGCGAGUGGACAGUCGUCCCCCAGCUCACCCCGAUCACUGUCACCUCCACGACUAGCACGAAAACAUUCGCACCUCAAUGUUACUUGCAUUACAGAAGAACCGAUCAACAACGCGCUCGACAACACUUCGGACCGUGAUAAUGCUCGCAACGCUGCUGAUGCGAUGACAUGCCCAGGUUCGCCAGACUCCCCGAUGUCCUCAUCGACACCCCAAAAGACGAGGUCUGCUCUGGGAGGCACGAGAAAUGCGGAAGAAUCAAAGCAACGACGCGCCAGAUCACCUUCGCCGCAAAGGACCGGGGCCGUCUCCACUCCAACCACGCCGCACCGAGGCCAGGCCCAGGCUAAUAACGCUCGCUUAAGAAGACCACCUUCAAUACCCAACGAUCUUCGCGAGCGAGCUUUGACUCAAAGGCGACGUAGUAUGAGCCAAGCCAAUGAAUUCGGGGGCAUCGGGAUGGCUGCUGAGCAGGCCACGAGAAUGCUUAAAGCUUUCAGAAAGAAGCUGGCGUCCAGCAAAGAUGAAGUGGAUCUUGAUGAUCUGGAAGUCGAACUCGAAGAAGUGGCGAAGCUUGUCAGGGAAAGGAAAGCCGGCCCACGACAGACAAAGUCAUUGAAUGGUACCUUGCGAAGGCCGAAGGGCCAACCUCUGGGACAGCCUACGGAGAGUGAAAUGGGCGAUCUCGCUGUCUUACUUGAACGAACAAACCUGGCUCAGCGUUCGCCGAAGAUAAAACAAGAGCACGAGAGCAUGAAGACAUGA